CAAGGCAGUGACCCCGCAAUUAACGACAUGCUGCGUGGAAUUUUAACGGACGGCAAUUAAAGAUUUCGUAAUAGUAAAAAGAAAGAGAAAGUAGAGAAAUGUUUCGGCAGAUACAUAUGUAAAUAGAUACGUACUUGCACGCUGUACACGUUUCCUGCGACCGACAAGACUUCGCUCUUAGAGCUGUUACUUCUAUACGAUAUAAAAAGGACGCAAAGUGCACGGUGACGUUUUAGUUCCCUUAAAACCUUUCAGAAUGUCAGCCGAUGCUACCUUUUACUUGGCAACGUUUGUCUGCUUGACCAGUGGUAUUUUCGCAACAGAGCUACCCCGAGUUAGUAAACCGUUGACAAGUUUACAACCGCCGUCUCUCGAUUAUCUUCCGGCUACAAAUAAUGUCUCUCCAAAACUUCCUCGCACUCUUUUCAUCGCCGAAGCAUCGGACAAUGGCUUAAGGAAAGUUGGAGCGUCAGGUAAAAGCUUCACGGAAGGACAAGUCCAGGGAGGAUACUCGUACCUGAGACCAUUGUUAGUCAAUCUUGAGUUGCCCGUCAAAGACCAAACGAUCAUACCUGUCGUGGAUAAACAACGAUUGGCGGAAGUGCAGCGUUCCGGAACAACAGCGAUAGUGAAACCGGCUAAAUCAUCGAGGUCGAGUAUCAGAGCGAAGCUGCAAGCGAACCAAGAGGUCGAAUAUCAGCCCCACGUUCCGCAACGAUCGUCCUCGUAUCAAGUUGUGGAAGAGCACGAUGAAUACCUAACGAACGAUUCGGAUCAUGCAGGAUUGCCCCAUCGUGGGAAGGCUCAGACAACGAAUCCCCAUCGUAAUUCGCAAGACAUAACGACGGCCAUCAAAGCCCUCGAUCACUUCCUGAGCAGGGCUCUGAAUGAUGAUAGUUACAACAGCGCGCUACAUCCACCGCCCAAUCCUGUUUUAGCCCUCGUCCUGUCCCGAUACGGGCGAUACGUGCCCGGAGCACGAAACCCUCGCGUGUACGCGCACAUGGCAGUAAACAAUAUUCACAACAACAAACCUUUCGGUAGCUACAAGUUAGAAUGCGACGAGCUGCCUACUUACGUGCGACGGUAAUACUGGCAGAACCUUCAUUAGGAAAAUUCUUAUACUUUAGACCCGACAAAACUAAGAAUUAGUUAGGGAAAAUAAAUGAAGGAUGUUAAUAAGCAAGAUUAAAAUGCUAAUAACACUGUAGAUAGGAGAAUUGUACAGCUUGUCUCAGUAUUGAUGGUGCAACUAUAGAGGGAAUAACUGUGCAUGAGAAAAUAAGUUGGAAUGUGGAAUAAAUCUUUUUUUUGGAGCUUUGCUUUCGAGAAAAUCGACUUUUCCUUCGAGUAUGCACUUGACUAUGUCGUGGUUAAACAGAUCUUGAUACAAACCAUAUGUCGUAGAUUUCUCAGUAGUAAUAAAGCAUAUAGUUCUUAGUUCUCUGAAAGCCAAAGUGAUCCUCGAUUUUAAUUGUGGAAGACUUGGAUUGUCUUCAGAAUAGAUUUUUAAUUUAAUAUAAAAAUCAAGAGAUUCUACAUAAAUGGAUAAAGUAAAUAAUGGUUUGUGCCUUUUCAACGACAUAGUCAAGUGCACAAUCUUAUGGUGGAGUACAUGCGUCCUCAGAAGAAACUCAAACCCGAAUUCCUCGAAAACAAAAAUAUUUUCGACAUAUUUCUUCAAGUACAGCCCCUCCACAGUCGUACCAUUAAUACUGAGACACCCUGUAUAUAUUUUUAUCUUCCUUUAAGGAAAGUUACUUUUCUUAAUAGCAUCAAUUAGAAACAAAUUAUCUACUUUGAAAGAAAACCGAUUCCUUUAAUAAUAGUGUAAGACGUAAAACAAGUAAAAUAAGUGAUCUGAUAAAUUGCGUACGUGAUAUCGAAGUUACCUCGAACUUCCAUUUUCAGUUCGCGAGUUAUGAAUUUUUCUUUUAUACGUUGAAUUCCGGUUGACUAAAUUAAUCUACUCCCGCCCAUCGAUGCCCCGGGUUUGAACCGCGCACUCCACAUUGGAUCAGCCGAAAGUUUCCCGUUGGCUGACGCUGCGCUGAUUAAUUAUCCCAACGACACUUCGGAUACCCGCCCGUAUUAAAGAAAACUUUCGCGCAGUUCCUUCGUAGCCCAUUCUAAAUUUAAUCAAUAUCAUGCGGAUUUACCCUUGAAUCUACCGGCAAUCGGGCUUGGCGCGAAGUUAAUUGGAGUAGUUCGAGAAGCAGCUCGAGAAACCCCGAUUAAGCACUAAACUACUCUCAUUACACCUUCCUGUCUCUCCGGAAACCUCUCUAGAUACUACUAACUUGAUUUCAUUGAUGAAAGCCAUGUACCGGUCUCGGCUGCUAUUGCUCUUGUUCAGAACACGUCCGUCAGAUAUGUACACGCCAAUAAAUCUCUCCGGCCCGAUAAACCCGCGUCGCUUCGAAACAAACGUUCGAUAAAAUAUGUAUGGAAAUUGUCAAUAUUUAAUUUAAAAAAUAGACACACGUAUAAAUUGAUGAAUUUGAGAAAUAUAUAUGUCUGCGAAGGAUGAUACGUUGCAAAAGUUGGCAGCUUGUUGCAUUUUCAUCUACGUUUAACAGAAGCGUUGAAAAGUUUAGUUAGCUGGCCGCGUAUGGAUAAAUAAAUCAUAAACGUGUAGUUGCGGACGUUUUCAGAGGCCGGUUAAUUUUCCUGUCUCCGGUGUACUUGUUGCGGGGUCGUAAAACGGACGGCGAGGGCUUAAGUGGUGCUUGAUUGCCGUCCGUCCGUUAGGAAACCAGAUUGUCUGAAAAUUGUAUUUUCAGGCCGACAGUCUCCAUUAGCUUCUUCGAGCUUUACCAAAGAAAAUCGGCGCGCAGUAAUAGCUUUGCUAAUAGACCGUUCGCGUAACUCGAGAUUCUAUAAUUAAUCGAUAUAUCGAAGUAUGCUAUAAUACGCUUCCUUUUCGUUUCACGCCACUUCGAACGAGUUACCCGACGGAGUUUCUAUAAAAUGAUUCACCCGGUUAACGUUAAACUAAUUAAAGCGAGCGUGGGGAAUAACAUUUUUCUAUUAUGACUCCGUAAACGGCGAAACAAGAAAAGAUUGUUAGACGUU